GGCGACUUGACAGUGACGUAUCUGUUUACAUAAUUGCCAAUAUUUUAAUAUGCAAUAAUAGAAAAAAUAAUAUUUUACUAUCUACAAUAUAAAAGUAUCAAGUUAUUGAAAAGUGCAUAAUAUUUAUUGUGAUAUCUGGUGGUAUCAGAUAAUGAUUAUCGCAUAGUGAAAUAUAUGAUCCUAAAAAUGAUAAUAACUUAAGUUAAAAAUCUUAACUUCAUACAAAGGCUGUAUGUUUUUGAUAUGUUUUGCUCAGAAAAUCUUCAAGUAGCUAUUGGUCUUCAUAACUAAGUAAUAUAUUGUUUCUUCAGGUGAAGAUGAUUUUUUUCUGCAGAAUUGUAUGGAAUGAACUUCAAUCGAAUAAGAAUCUUGUCAUGGCCACCAAGACUACCUGAUUUCACAUGCUUGGAUUAUUUUUUUGUGGGGGACUCUUGAAAUAAAGACUACUAUGAAGAAAUGACUCAAACGGAUUGACUGCAUUCUAGCAGUAUUUGAUGAGGUCAACCGAAAAAAAAAACCUGCUGAAACAAAGCGUUAAUUAGUUAUGUUGAAAAGAAGAAAGUUAAUCAAGGAAGAAAUAGAUGAAAAUGCUGUGAUGAAGCAGUACAGGACUCACCCUGUUUAUAAAAGUUAAAAACAAAAAAAAUGGAAAAUUUGAAAAAGAAGAUGAAUGAAGAUGAAAUGGAACAUAAAAACAAAUGAUGUUGUCUUCACUGCUAUCGCCAUGGGUACUCCAGGCGAUAAAGUUAAAAGAAAGGUAGUAGAAGAAAAACACCUGGAUCUUCCAGAACAUUCAAUCGAAGACACUUCUCCUGUUGAUCUUUCAUCAGUACAGUCCGUGGAAGAAAUGGGUUUCCUUGAAGCACCAUCGAUUCAACUCCAAAUGCUGACUCCUGUAAAUAUUUUGCCACAACCAACAGAAUCAAUUCAAAUUAUUAGCAAACCCGAAAUAUUUUCUACAGGUAAUUUAGAACAAGCACGAAUAGAAGAUUAUUAUAGUCAAACUAAGUUCUAUCCAAGCAUAUAUGAACCCAGUACGUCAUAUUCAGUCAGUUCAAAUCAAAGGUCAUCUAAAGUUUACUGUAGUUCGGAGGAACCCGGUCCAUCUGGCCUACAAACACAAAAAUCAAAACCGAGUACAAGUCUGACAAAAAUCAAUACAAAGAAAAAAAUUAAACAACCUUCAGUUAUUCAAUUGCCCAAAAAACCUUAUACCUGUCAAGUUUGCCAAAAAAGUUACACUAAUAUCGAUAAAUUGAAUAAGCACCAACAAAUUCAUUCAACUGUUUCACCAUUCAAGUGCGAGCACUGUAAGAAGUCAUUCAGUUCAAAGUUCAAACUAGUAAGGCACAUGCUGAUUCAUUCUGACAGAAAACCAUUCAGUUGUACAGUAUGCGAAAGAACUUUUCAUAGAAAGGAUCAUUUGAAGAAUCAUAUAAAAAUUCAUAGUCCAACCAAAAAAGUAUACAUAUGUGAAAAAGAGCACUGUAAAAAAGAAUAUACCUCCCUGCUAAGCUAUAAGAAACAUUUAGCUCUUCAUUCUGCGCAAGAAGGCAGCUUAGAGUGUCAAAUAUGUUCAAGCGUUUUUAGUACAAAAGAAGAUAUUUUAUUUCACCUCAAAAUACAUGCAGGCAGUCGCACUGUCAAGGAUCCUAAUGAAAAGAAAUAUAGAUGCGAACAUUGCGACCGAAAAUUUUUCACCAAGAAAGAUGUUCGGCGACACUUAGUGGUUCAUACUGGUAUGAGAGAUUUUUUAUGUCAAUUCUGUCCUCAAAGAUUCGGCAGAAAGGAUCAUUUAGGUCGACAUAUCAAAAAAUCUCAUUCAAAGAAUUUACCCAUAGAGGAUCUUGAUACUUCUUCAGAAUCAACAAGUGUAAAAGUCGAAACAAUUGUCAAGUCUGAGUUAACAACCCCUGAAUGCGAAGUUCCUCAAGAUACAACGGAAGAUAUGUUUGUUGGUGGCCAUGAAAUGAUACCAUUUUCUCUAGAGGAAGAAGGAACAUCGUCCUUGAUGAAAUUUGAGCCCACAUUCGAGGAUACAUCUGCAACUAGAACGCAGUUGACUGAAAGUAAUCUUCCUACAGAUAUCUUAGGGUACUGUUUAGAUGAUGUUCAAGAAUUUGUUCCACAAAAUUUUAUCGGUCCGUUCUUGGAAGGAAAUGUCAGGGAUGAUUUUUCCUUGAUGAUGUCUUCUUCUUCGCAAAGUGAAUUGAUACAGAUUUUUGACAUGCAAUCAUCUUCUUCAUCGUCUUCUCUACCGAAGGUUCAGGUUUCAGAUAACAGUGGCAUUUUGAAUGAAACUGAAGUCUUGAAUAAUCCUGAAAUUCAAAGGUUACUUCAGCCUUCUGAAGAAGUUAAUUUGCCAUUACCUGGGUUUAGUCAGACAUUUCAGUCCCCUCCACCUCCCCCUCCUCCUCAGCCACCGCCUUGAAUUGAUUUUCACAUUUUCUUAAGAUGUUUUGAUUUCUAGCGAUUGAUUUAUAUAAUAUUGAUUGCCAAUUACCUUUAAUUAUUAUUUUAUUUAUUGCAUUCUACUUACGCUGGCUGGAAACUAAUCCGAUGUCCAGUUCACAUUUGAAUCAACUUCUUUGACCGUAAUUGACAAAUUUUAAUAUAAACUAUCUGUUUUUGCUUCUGAUUUAAUUUUUUAUUCUUCAACUCGUCAAGUCUAACUUCUGGUGUACAUUGUCCGAAUGAUUAAUAGAUUUUGCAUAUCCGGUAUCAAUAGUUACUUACAAACAAUGUCUCCUAAAAAUCAGGAAUAAUUUUGGAGAACAUUAGAAACUGAAGAUUCAUCUCAAAAGGAAAACUAGAGCGAAGAACAUAAUGGACUUGCUCUUAAUUGUAUAAUUAUCAAAUAGUUUUGUUCUCUACAUAAUAUUGGACAAAGAAGUCAUGUAUGGAAUAUAUUCUAUUAUUUAUUUCACAUUUAACUGAAAGGUACUAAUUUAGACAAUAUAUAAACAUAGAAACCUUAUCAUAUUAUUAUAAUUAUUAUUUCGAAGUAAAGAAUGUAUUAUUUGAACAAAAUCUUACAUUUUUGGAUAGAGUUCAUAUAAAUUGAGAAUAAGAAAAUCAUUCUUUUCAAAUGGCAUUGAAAUAUAUGCGAUAUUUUUAAUAGACUUCUGCUGGACACAUGUAGUUAUUUUGAGGCAAUUAUCUUGACCCUACUGGAAAUUUGGUUUUUUUUGGUACUCUUGUACCAAAGUAUGAUUUUAUGGCACUCUUUUUUGUUAAUUUUAUAAGAACUCCUCUAAUUUCGGUACAAUUUUCCAGUACUAUUAAAAUUCAAUGUGUUAGUUUCGGUAACGUUUCGAAAGCAUCAUAAUUCUUUUUAUUGUUAUUCUGAAUGUUUUUUAUCUUUAUAUCAAUACGCUUUGAAAAUUUUUUUUGUAUGAUAUUCCAAUAUGUAUAACUUUCUUAAAUUGAAACAUUUUAUGCAAAGAUUAAUUCAGGUUGUUGAGAUUUAGAUCUUCUCUUUCUCUUUUUAUUGAUUUUUUAUGACAUUAAAUAUCUGUUCCAUAUUAUGUCUGUCGUGAUAUACAUUUAUUUUCAAAAUAUGUAGGGGAAAACUCAGGGAAAAUAUCCAUAUAAUACAUACAUAAUAAUACAUUUCAUCCAAUAAUUUCAACAACUCAGGUGUAACAUAUUUGUUUUGUUUUGUAAAUUUAUUCAUAAAAUUGUUUUAUUCCUUAUUUUAUAUAUACGAAAUACCUCAAUGGUAGAGUAAAUGGAAUGAAACAUACAUUUUAUUUAUAUUGGAGAAAAAUAAUUUUUUUAAGUUUCUCUGUAAAUCGUUUAUGUUGAUCAUUUAAAUGUUAUGUGAAGUAGAAGAGUUCAUGUUUAUUGUUAUUAUUCUAAUGUGAGAAAAUUUAAAACUGCCUUUUUAAAUUUACAUUAUUUCCUUAAGACAAGCAACGGCAAUAUCUGACAGUAUAAUGGUGAAAAGCCUGGAUUUGUCAAAUUCUGUUGAAUAUCUGAUAGAUUAGAAUUCAAGUAUCAAGUGAGUAUUAAAAUAUUUUGAUUCUUUUUAAAUCCAUUUGAUAUGUCCUGUUAAUGUUGUGAAUUCUUCGGGAUUUUCUUUUACGUCGAUAUGAAACCUAAUAGGCCUUGGGAUGGUCAAAUAUUUUAUGCCUGUUAUAUAUUAUUUAUAUUUUAUAGUACCUACACUACUGUUGGAUUUUAAUAUAUAUUUAUUUAUGUUACCCACUUAAGAUGCAUUUUAGUACAAAAUUAUCACCUAUUAGACACAAUCUGAUCAUUUCAAAAGUGUAUAUUAUAAGAAGGUGUGAUAUAAAUGAUCAUUUGUCUGAAAAAUAGGGUAAUAACAUUUUGGGCCCAUUGCUGUUACUAAUAAGAGAUCUACCUCAUUUUUGCAACAAUUCAUUGCUGUAAGGUCAGCUAGUCAUAGGAAUAAGGUUGUAAAUUUAUUAAGUCUUCUAUUACCCUAAUUUAAACUGAAUGUAUAUGUAUAUAAAAUAUUAUUGAAACAUAUGUACAGUAUAUAUUUUUAUACAAAUUAUAGUAUUAUUUAUAAUUGAAA